AUGUUUUCAUGGAAGGAGAAGGUGUCCGGCAAGUUCUCGCGCCUCCUCGAGGAGUCGGCGUCCUCACACUCCGACCAAUCGAGGGAAUCUACGGGCGUCCGAACUGAGCGUCAGGUAUAUUUCCUUUCAUCGGGAUCCAUGCCAAAAACGGUCGCCUGUGGAACGAAGCAAAAGGGUUUGAUGCUGUUGAUUUUUUUAUUGUGUUCUCAUAUUAUGUUUUUCUUAAGCAAUCGUCCUCCGGUUGCGUUUGAUCUUCGACAGAAUUCUAUUUUACGUUAUUACUACACGAUCGUGCCACGUUUUCAUUUGAUUUGUUUCAUUCCUUUUCAUAUAUCCAGGCGCUAGAUCCUAAAUUUUUUAAGUGGACAUGUUUUUAGAUUUGACUGGAUCACAUUUCGUUGUUUUGAGCCUCGGGUAGUUAUUGGCAUUUGAAUUAUGACGUACGUUUUUUUUUCGACGUGUCGGGAUCGGAUCUAUUCAACACAAAGAAUUCAAGGCAUAUCUGCCUGCGCUAACUCUAAUACACUGUCUCGUAGUGUUUAUGUGAUCGGGGGUUUUCUUACUCUACCGCAACUUGAAAUUAAUGAUGCAUUUCUUAACAGAUCGUAUGGCAGUUGAAUGACUUGAUGUCUCUGCUACACUGUUGAAAAAAAAAAUCCAAAGAGAGCAAAGGUUAAAUAAUAGAUAUGGUUUGUCCUUUUUCUUUUGAGCUGUAUAGCGGGUAUAACAUUUACCAUUUGUAUCUCCUUUUCAAAUUCAGUUAAUAUUUAUGUGAAUUGUAAUAUUUUAUAGGUAUAUAAAGAAAGAAUUUGUAGUCCAAAGAUAACGUAUAAGUCUUCAACUAAAUUUCUGUAGCGAUGGAAUGAGAACAAGCAUAGGAUGUCCACGUUCAUCAUCCAGUAGGAAUAUGUAGAUGAUGCUUGCCUUCCAGCUUGUCUUUCUGUUCAAUGAAUAGUCUCCCCGCCAGAUGGUUUAUCCCGUUUCCCAGACUAUUUUUUCUUUUUAUCAUCUGAAUUUCCAAAAAAUUACAGCUGACCAACUUUCAGCUGAUCAAUUUCCAUAAUGCAGGAACUAAAUUUCGAUUAUACAUAAAUUAUAUACAUAUAUAUUAAAAAAGUUGCAGCACAAGGAUAGAACUCAAAGUGAAUAUCACUCAAAGUGACAAAGCCUUUAAAAAGUACCUUGAAGAGAGUUUCAAGAAUUCAUCCAACGGAUGCAUUGAUGACUAGAAAUAGCUGACGUUUUGUGUAGAUGAGUAGUGUAGACAACAUGACAAGUACAUGAAGAGGAUAGAGUUCAAAGUGCACAUUAAUCAAAUCUUUAAAAAGUAUCUCAAAGAGAGUUUCAAGAAUUCAUCCAACGGAUGCAUUGAUGAGUAUAAAUAGCUAAACGUUUUGAGUAGAUGAGCAGUAUGAGAACAUGUCAGGUACAUCCAGAGGACACAUCAGCUCUUAGCCUUCCUUGGGUAGUACUAAUUUCAAAAUUUGAAUCCAUGAUCCGCAUGCGUGCGAGAAGUUGACAUUUCAAGGUCCAAAUAUUCUUCUACUGAAUGAAAAGGUAAAUGGCAAAAAGGAUAAAAACAAACAUGGAUGGAACUUCUCCGUCCGUUCCUUGAAAAUGCUCUGUUUGGGGAAAAGGGGGUGACUCCUAAUUGUGUUCCUUGAAUGUAUCCUUUAUAGUAUUUUUUACUCGUAUGAAUUUUCAUGUUAACUGUUCUCUAGCAUUUCCACGUCUUUCUGAGCUUGAUUUUUGUUCAUCUGUCUUAUAGAAGACAACCUAGCGGGGGCAAAAAUUCUAAAACCAAAUUUCUUUUUAUUAGAAGUUAUUCCUGUAAACUUCUUACCUGUACCUUCGUGGGCCACAAUUGCAAAGAUCACAAAUAUAUAUACUUUUCAUGUAUCGUUUAAGCUUGCAAUUUCCUGUUCAUUCCGUAAGUCAUGUUAAGAGUUUUCCCAAUGGACCUGUUGACUUCUAAGUUUAUUUUGCUUUUCUUGCUCUUACUCAUUUCAUAAAUUGAAUGACCAUUUUUUCUGUUGCAGGAUUUUCCAUCACACGGAGAAGAAUUAUCUUCUCGUGGGACAACUAUUUCAUCCUAUCUGUUGUCUAUUCUUCCCACUACACUCCCUAAUGUUGAUACUCAGAAAUUGACUAAUAUUAAGCAUGGAUUCGGACAAAUGCCACUGCCAUCGCUCCCAUCGCUCCCAUCGCUCCCAUCACUCCCAUCACUCCCAUCACUCCCAUCACUCCCAACAAGAUGGAAGAGUAAAAGCUUCAUGCGGGCAGACAAACCGUUAGAUCAAAAUAUAGGUGAUGAACUUAAACAGACAUGCGUUGAAGCCACAGAUGCUUCGGAAAAGAUCUUAGAAACCGUUUCUGAGGGAAAUAUAAGUGAACCUCAUAGAGUUGAAGAAGCAUCACCCUCUCAUGGCUUCAGAAACUUUCAUUCUGCUGUUGAGGAUGAGUCAUCAUUUAUUUCAACACAUUUGUUUGAGUUCUUAGAGUCAUCUCUCCCAAAUUUAGUAAAGAGCUGCCAAUGGGUCCUGUUAUAUAGGUAAUUUAUCAUCAACUAAAAUGUUUACUUCUCCUGUUAUCUGUUUCUUACUAAUCUUGUUCCACUGGAAUGAAGGGCAGCACAUUGAAGCACGGGAUAUCACUUCGUACACUUCUUCGUAAAAGUUCUGAUCUUCCAGGCCCAUGCAUAUUGGUGAGAUGAAAUUGCCUGCAAAUGUUGUGAUUUUAUGAAAUCCAAAGCUUAUGCUCUAGUUCCUUCACGUGGGAGGGACUCAUUAUCAUAUUCUAUGGCUAACCGCUAAACGUGAUUUUCUGUCGGUUCCUUAUGAUUGUUUGUCUUUUCUAGAUCGUUGGAGACAUGCAAGGUGCCGUGUUUGGUGGACUACUAGAUGCUCCUAUCAAGCCUACAGCAAAAAGAAAAUAUCAAGUAGGUUUUUCCUGUUUAUGUUCUACUCAUUGCAUUAUAGUUAUGUUAUUUCUUUCGUUCCACCGUUUCAACCUCUCAGUUUUUUUUGUCAUUCUAUGGUCUAUACUUUGCAUUGCAGUUGACUAACGUUCUCGUUCAUUUCAGCUCUUAAACCUCUGAACUUCUCAUUUGUUUGUAAUAGGGAACUUGCCAAACAUUCGUAUUCACAACAAAAUAUGGUGAUCCAAGACUCUUCAGACCCACUGGUAAUGAUCGAAUGGAUCACCUAGUGUUGUGUUUAUACGUUGCUAAUUAUUUCAUACAUGAUUGCUUUCAAGUAAACCUCAAGAUCAGCACCUCGUGGAUCGCAUCCAGACAUCUUAACUUGAUCCUUAAACAACAAUAUCGUUCUCUUCUCAAAACAUGCUCCUUUUUUAACCUCUAUUGUGUUCAAAUUUAUUAAUAAAUUUAGUUUGACGCCACAUCUGGAACAAAAAGACUUCUUUUAUCGUUCAUCCAGAAGUAUCAUAACUUGUCAUCAUUGAUUUAGAACUAUAUUUGGACACUGAACUAUCCAGAGCCGAAUUAAACUCCAUAGAAUGAACAUGGUGCACUUUAUGAUCACCGAUUUCGUUGGAUCCAGUAUAGACUACAUAGUGACCCCCGUACAUUAAUGAAAGCUGCGUCAUGGGGCAUGCCCACAAACAGAACAUUGACUAGACUUAGUAGAUAACGACCUUUUCAUAAGCAGUUUUCCCUUUUUAGAAUCAUUUGAUAUGCAUAGUCAUGGAUAAGUGGUCUUUUCUGUUUUGAAAUCAACAACCAUCUGUGAUUCCUUGCGAUUGUGGCAUGUGUCCACCAAAUUAUGACCCUAUGGUGAUUACUUGACCUUCUCUUAAGAUCUAGGGCUUAAAACGAUAUUUAAGAUUCUUAAAACAGCGAUUUUCCUGCUCGUGAUGUGAAAAUGAGAUGUUAUUUGUGCCCAACAAUUUUUCUUUCUCUCUCAGUAAUCAAAACUGAGAGUCAAAAACGCAGAGGGUUGUAAAUCAGCUUGCUGGUUCUUCCCAUCUAUAAGUUGGGCAGACGUGGCAUUUGAUUUCUCGCAUGUGCAGAGUUCUACUUUUUAUGAGCCUCUACUUUUAAGGGGUCGUAGAAGUAGAAAAACGAAGAACGGAUGAAUAAAAACUUCGACAGAGGAAAUGGUGCGAUGAGAACACACAAAGAAAAAAGUAAGAAGGGGAUUUAUAGCUUGAUCAUCUUUUCGAGGAUAACACUUCUUGGUACUCUCUUCUUUAUAUGUUACUUUGUCCUGUAUUUUAUCCUAAAACUCCUCCAGAGACUAAUACUGUGGUAAUGCAUAGGUGCGAACCGAUAUUACUACUUGUGCUUGAAUGAGCUAUUGGCAUUUGGUGGUGGAGGGAACUUUGCAUUGUGCCUGGAUGAGGAUCUGUAAGUUACUUCUUGUUCUAUUUACUUUUUCUUUUAUUUUCUUAAUUCUAGUAGGAGGCGAGGGCGGCAUCAGGUUCUCAGUUAUAUUUCAAAUGUCUGCGUGAUUGGCAACGGUUUUGCAAUUAUCCAUCUCUAUUUUUAGAUCAUUUGCAUGCAAUCUCUUGUAUCUUUGAUAUUCUCCCUAAGUUUUUGGCUUCUCUUUGGCAGGCUGCAUGGCACGAGCGGGCCCUGUGACACUUUUGGCAACUUAUGUUUGGCUCACAGUCCAGAAUUUGAACUGAAGAACGUUGAGGUAGGGUUGAGAUCCCUUCUAUCAGUGCUUAGUGAUUAGUACAUGAACCUAGGCAUUUACUGUCAGUAGUAGUAGAGUAGACCAUGCUUUUUCUUUAAUAUUCGAGUGCUUAGAAAUCCUUAUCAGGUUAGAUUGCGCUAGAAAUGCGGCCACAUGCAGAAACCUGCCCAAAACCACAAAACACAAAAGACACGCAAUUAUCUGGCAAAACCUAUUAAAAGAUCUGGAUAUUGAUGCAACCCAUUUCAAAAGGACUCAUCUUUUUUGCUGUCUUUGUCUAUGCUUUAGUCACAAUCCAAGAGCUAAGACCUCGCCGAAUCCUCAGAGCAGGGAGGAUAUACCCACCUGGGCUGGUCGAAAUCCCAUUGGAUAGCUAGAGAGAGAGAGAGAGAGAGAGAGAGAGAGGACAUUCGGAGGGGCGAGUCCCAUCCAUAUAUUCUGCCACUAAUGCAAAAGUUGUUUACGUUGGUUGGUUCUGUUCUGAUCCUUUGCAGCUUUGGGGUUUCGCCCAUUCGUCAGGCUCCUCGCUUAAUCUCUCCGUUUGA